AUCAGCGAGAGCAAAAACGUGACUGGGUGUCGCCGUGGAAGUCAGGGGGCUGUGAUUGGUCAAUUCCUCAGCGUUGACGUAGUGCAGAACUGCACGUUGCUGUGGAAGUUACUAGAUCAUUCAACCCACCCGGAGAUAAACGUGACUGGUUACAUAACUUGUCAAAGGGGAAAAUUUUGCUCCACCGGUUGUUACUGGGCGUCUGAAGAACGGCUAAUAUCUUUGGCUUCCAACUGGUUAGUUCUUAUCACUGGCUGAAACGUGGGAAAGGUCCAUAGCCAAAUCCUGACCAUGGCUGCAGUGCAUCAUCAAGGGUACCCACUCAGGGAUUCACUGUACUGGGAUGAAACAGAGUGCCUCAACUACUAUGGGAUGUUGUCUCUCCAUGAAGUCUUUGAAGUAGUUGGUUCUCAGCUGACCGAGACUGACAUUGAAGUCCUGUCAUUACUUCUGAAUGAAACUUGCUCCGCGACACAUCCUCUCGAUCCCGCAGGCUGGACAGUUGAACCCCGUGAGGACAAUCCAGAUGAUCCAGGUGUGGCCCCAAGUCCACAGCUACUAAAAGCAUGGCAGCAAUUAAAGCCUACGGGGUCACAGCAGCCCUUUUUGGACCCAAAACCCAAUAGUGGCCUUGAGCUGUUGCUACAGCUCGAGAGGAGAGGAUACUUUAGUGAUGGAAACCUGGCACCACUACUGCAACUUCUAAGAGUCCUUACCCGUCAUGACCUGCUACCCUUAGUGUCCCACAAGAAAAGGAGGACAGUUUCUCCAGAGAGAAUUGGACAGAGGUAUGAGAUAGAAAGCACAGAGUCGGUGUGUACUUCUGGAAUAAGUAGCAGCUGCAGGGAGACCGAAACUCCUCUUACAUCUUUCGCACAUCAAUUAGAAACUGGUAUUUACACUCCUGUGGCUGUGCCAUGUGCAAGUAGGCGGAGGAAGAAGAGGGGAAAUGGCUGGAGCCGUAAGUCCAAGAAAACAAGCAGGCAAAGUCAUCCUCUGCCUCCACCACCAGCGCCACAAAAAGUGUCCUGUGAUAUCCGCCUGCGUGUCCGGGCGGAAUACCUGGAGCACGAAUCGGCAUUACGCAACGGCGUCGCCUCGGACAAGCGGCAGCCACUGGAGCGGCAGUUUGAGUUGUUCAGUCAAGCGAGUUCGCUGCUGCGUGCCAGAGACCUGGGAUCCAUCGUCUGCGACAUCAAGUUCACGGAGCUGGCCAACCUCGAGGCUUUCUGGAGUGACUACCUGAGCGGAGCUCUGCUGGAGGCCCUGAAGGGAGUAUUCAUCACGGACUCUCUGAGGAACGCAGCGGGCUCCGAAGGCGUGCGCCUGCUGAUCAGUGUGGACCAAGACGACUACGAGGAGGGCCGAAGGCUGCUGAGAGCUAAGAAAAUGAUGUCAUCCAGUAAUGAUGGGCACCCAGAGACUCACUGGGAUUCAUAAACUGAUCAGACUCUCUGGGGUGUAUUAUAUUAAACUUAAAGAAGAGAAAAGGGAGGAAUGUAAUUAAUAAUGGGUACAGGCAAGCUUGGAAGCAUUUGAGGCCUCCAUUUGUUGCAUUCCAUUUAAUGACCACUAGAUGGCAGAACUCACCAUUGGUUCUUUUGUGUUCAUAAGGAGCCUUUCUUUUUUCCUUUUCUUUUUUUUUUUUAAGAACUGUCAAAUUUUAGUUGGAAGUGUAUUAUUUGUAAAUGAAAUAUAAAUAAUAAUGUAUCACUGUAUUUUUUUUUUUCUCUUUGGAUUCAUGCACAGGUGCUACAUCAGGAUGACACAGGAUAUAUCGAGAUUUUUUUCUUAGUCUCUGAGAACUGGAACAAGCAAGCCUGUGUCACCAGAUCAAGUGGUAAGCCCCUCACAGCUUUAUCUGUCUUACAAAAUAGGGUUAAGACAACUGGGCUACCACAAAUGAUGUAAAAUACUAAGUUUUGGUUGACACAAACACAUAAAGCACAUGGGUGUCCCUACCUCCUUAUUUAACUUUUUUUUUUUUUUUAAUGUGUAACCAUGGACAUUUCAGAUUCCAGCAUGAGUUUAAAAUUCCCAAAUCCAAAAAGAUCAAUUUAACCAGAACGUCAAGAUUGACUGUUGGAUACUUCUUUGGGGGUUUGGAAAAUAAUAAUAGCUUUAAAUGACAAUUAUUUUUAUUGGAUUCUGUUAAAAGUAUAAAGUAACCUGCCACUAAAAGUUUCUGGUCUUCAAAGAAAAAAUUAGAUGUGGAAAAGUGGGCUGCUCUCACAACAGAUUGACCCAACUUUGGAUAGAGUCCACAUCUAUAUCUAGAUAACAAACACUGGAAUUUCCAGCCCUGUGUACCAUGAUAACCCAACUUGUGAUUGCUGUGGUCAGUGGAUACAGCAGUUGCCAGUAGAUGACAGCAGUGAUUAGGGCUGGGUCUCAACAGACCAUGGAAGAUUCAUCAUCACAAGCUUGUCAACGGCAGCCCGGAUAAUGCAACAGUGGCUUGUGUCCGGGUUUCCAGCAAGGCCUCAGCAAGUGCUUCUCUCAGCAAGUAAGGCACAGGACAGUGCAUCGGUCAAUAGAAGUGAUGUUGGGGAGAUCAAAAUCAAAAGUGCACAUCCCAGCUCCACUCAGCCCUGCUAUGUAGGCCCAGUAGAGUGGCUCAUGGACAGCUGUCGACUCACCCUGCUGGAACUAAUGCCUGGACUUCACUCAUAGAAGACGAUCAAUAAGCCCCUUCACUCUAAGUCCCUUCAUACAGGCACGACUUAAGCAGGCAGACACUGUCUGAAGUGCAGGUCUCUGCAGGACCGGGCACAGAAAAGGACAAUGGACAGAUUUCCAUGUUUACUUUUGUGUGUAUUUGUUAAAGGAAUUAAUUAAUGUGUGUUUGUAUUCUUUCCUGAGAAGAAAGAUUAAUUCAAUCAGGGGAACAUUUUUGUUAAAGAAAUUUACUUUAUGAAGGUCAAUUCUUUUUGUGGAAAUCUUUAUAAAUAAAUAAUUUCCUGUGAAUAAUAAAGAGUUUUGAUGGCCUAAA